AUGAGUGAAGAUCAAAUUCUUGACCCAAGCACACAAGGAGCUGGUGAUGAAUCAGCAAGAAGAAGAAGAGCUCGUGGUGGUGCUGGUGCUUCUGGAGCUAGUGGUGCUGCAGGAUCCAAAACCUCAUCCUCUGCCAAUUUGUUUACUAAACUCGUCGAUGCUCAAUCCGAUGAAUCGAACUGGAAAGUCAGUGGUGCCAAUUUCAUGUGGGUUCCAUGUUCGAGUGUGGAAGAAGGUAAAGCCUUUGAAGUUGGAGAAAUCAAGGAACGUAAAGGAAAGGAAAUUGUGGUUGAGACUGAAUCUGGUGAUAAGAAAACAUUCCCAAUUGAAGAAGUCUUUCCAAUGAAUCCUCCAAAAUUGACUGGUAUUGAAGAUAUGGCUCGAUUGUCUCACUUGAAUGAACCUUCUGUUCUCUUCAACUUGAAGAAGCGUUACGAUAAUGACAAGAUUUAUACAUAUUCAGGCUUGUUCUUGGUUGCUGUCAAUCCCUACAAGAAUUUGCCAAUCUAUACUGAUGAAGUCAUCAAAAAGCAUCAAGGAAAGCGUAGAGAAGAUGCUGAACCACACGUUUUCACUGUUUCUGAUGUUGCCUAUAGACAAAUGUUACAAAAUCAACUCAAUCAAUCCAUGUUGGUCACUGGUGAAUCUGGUGCUGGUAAAACUGAGAACACGAAAAAGAUCAUUCAAUACCUCACCUCUACAGCUGGUUCUUCUCAUGGUGCUGGUAAAUUGGAACAACAAUUGUUGCAAACCAAUCCCUUGUUAGAAGCUUUUGGUAACGCCAAGACGAUUCGUAACAACAACUCUUCUCGUUUCGGUAAAUUCAUUGAAGUUGAUUUCAAUGUGAGUGGUUACAUUGCUGGUACCAAGAUUCAACACUACUUGUUAGAGACAACUCGUGUCGUUGCUCAGGCUCCUGAUGAACGUAACUUCCACUUCUUUUAUCAAAUCUUGUCUGAUGCUCAAUCUCGUAACAAGUAUCACUUACAAAAUGUGAAUCAAUACCAUUAUGUGAAUCAAUCGGGAUGUACCAGUGUCGUUGGUAUCAAUGAUGCUCAAGAAUUCCAAGAAACUCUCAAAUCCAUGCGUAUCAUUGGUAUCUCCGAAGAGGACAUUGAUGCCACUUGUAGAAUGGUCGCCUCCAUUCUCCAUUUAGGUAACUGUAAAUUCGUGAAUGAUGAGAAUGAUUUGAGUAUGUUGCCUGAUCGUUCUCCUCUCAACACUGCUGCCGAAUUGUUGGGUGUCGAUAGUGAUGGUUUGGCUAAGGGUUUCAUGAAGCCUAACAUUGUAACUCCAACAGAUAUCAUUGAAACUCACGUCAAUGUGGCUCAAGCUGGUUUCAAUCGUAAUGCUCUCGUGAAGAGUAUGUACAAUCGAUUGUUUGAUUGGUUGGUCCGUUCCAUCAAUCAAUCCCUGACCUCCAAAGAGAAGAUUAAGAACUUUAUUGGUGUGUUGGAUAUUGCUGGUUUUGAAAUCUUUGAAUUGAACAGCUUUGAACAAUUGUGUAUCAACUAUACCAAUGAGAAACUUCAACAAUUCUUCAAUCACCACAUGUUCAAGAAGGAACAAGAAGAAUACUUGAAGGAAAAGAUUGAAUGGAAGUUCAUUGACUUUGGUUUGGAUUUACAACCUACCAUUGAUUUGAUUGAGAAGCCUUUGGGUAUUUUGGCUAUUUUGGAUCAACAGACUUUCAUGGCUCAACAAUCGGAGGAAGGUCUCGUUCGUGAAAUCAACAAGAACCAUGGUACUAAGAAACAAUUCAAGACUUCUCGAUUCAAUGAGAAGGAGUUUGUUUUGAGUCACUAUGCUGGUGAUGUUCCAUACAAUGUCGUGUCUUGGUUUACCAAGAACGUUGACCCACUCAAUGAAGACUGUAAGGGUGUCAUGGCUGCUUCCGGUAACGCAUUGAUUCGCUCACUCUUUGAUUUGCCAGGAGAACGACAAAAGGCUGCUGAGAAGAGAAGUGUUGGUUCUGCCCGUUUCAAGACUGUUGCAACCAAUUAUAAGAAUCAAUUGAAGGACUUGAUGGGUCUCUUGGAAUCGACUGAACCUCAUUUUAUUCGUUGUAUCAAGCCUAACAAUUUGCAAAAGCCUGGUAUCAUUGAUGAUCGAUUGGUGUUGCAUCAAUUGAAAUGUAACGGUGUCUUGGAAGGUAUCAGAAUUGCUCGAAAGGGUUAUCCAGGUAGAAUUCCAUAUGCUGACUUUGUCAAGAGAUACGACUUGUUGGUUGAAGAUAAACGUGCCUUGGAACAACAACCCAAUCUCCGUGGAAAGGCUCAAGUCAUUUUGGAUACCAUCAAAUUCGAAGAGACUACUCAAUACAAAUUGGGUGCUACCAAAGUCUUCUUGAAGGCCUCACAAGAAGCCUUGAUUGAAGAGUACAGAGAAGCUCAAAUCUCCAAGAUUAUUGGUGUGGCUCAAGCUGCUGCAUUGGCUGCCUAUGAACGAGUUGCCUAUAAGAAGUUACAAGGUCGUUUGAUUUCCAUCAAAUUGAUUCAACGUAACUUUAGAGCCUAUUUAAAGUUAAAGAAUUGGGGUUGGUGGAAUUUGAUCAAUUUGGCUCGUCCAUACCUCAAGGAAUUCUCAAGCGAACAAGUCACAAAGAAACUCAAAGAAGAAUUCGAACAAAUCAAGAAGGAUUUGGAAGGAGAACGAGAUUCCAAGAAGAAACUUGAAAUUGAGAAGAAUGCUUUGGAGCAAUCUCGUAAAAAGUUGAUUGAUGAUUUGGAGGAACAACGUAACAGAAUGGAUGCCAUGAACAAUGCUUUGAAUCAAUUAGAGAAGGAGUUACGUGAUCGAAAGAAUGAAAUUGAUCGAUUGCAUCAUGACUGUGAUGAUAAGGACUCUGAAUUGACUCGUAACACUCAAUCAUUGGCUGCUUUGAAUUCCAAUAUUAAGAAAUUGGAAGAACAAAUCCGUGAUUUGAAGGGUGAGGUUGAUCAACGUGAAAAGAUUAUCAAGAGUAAGGGAAGUGAUCUCCAAAAUAAGGAUUUGGAAAUUGAGACCAUGAAUAAGAAGUCCAAAGAUUUGGAGAAGAGAAUUGCUGACUUGGAGAAUACUUUGGCUGAUGCUAGAAAUGACAUUAAUAACAAGUCGAAUGAAGUCUCUCGUCUCCAAAUGGAAUUGAGUGAUCAAGGCAUUCAGUUGGAGAAUGAGAUCAACUCUCGUAAAGCUCGUGAAGAAGACUUGAAGAAACGAGAAAAGGAAAUCAAGGAUCUCAAAAAGGAACUCACCGAUUCCCAAUUAGGUGCUGACCAAUUGGACACCGAAUUGAAGAAGAGCAAGAAGGAGAAGCAAUUGUUGGAAGAAGAUUUGGACAAGCAAAAGAAAGCCGCUGAUCAAUUGCAAAGAAAGUUGACUGCCAGUGAACAACAAGGUGCCAAUCUCUCCAAUCAACUCGAUGAAGAGACUAGAAAGAGACAAGCUGCUGAGAAUAAGAAUCGUUCAUUGCAAUCAGAUCUCGACAAUGCUUCCUCCAAAUUGAAUGAUAUGGAAAAUACUUUGCAUGAUCGUGAUGAUUUAAUUUCUCAACUUCAAGCUGAGAUUAACAAGUUGAAACAACGAAUUUCUGACUUGGAAUCUGAAAAUCAAAAGUUACAAGAACGUAACAAGGAUUUGGAACGCGAGUUGAAUGACACUCGUUUCAGAAUGGAAGAAGAACUCAAGAAUAAGAAUUCUGAAAUUGAUCGAUUGAAGAAACUCUCUGAAUCUUCCAAAGAUGAACUCACUAUGCAACUCAACAAGACCAAUGAUGAAAAGAAUGAUUUGACCAACAAGUUGAAGAAGGCUGAAAAGGAUUUGAAGAACCUAAAGAAGAGCAAGGAUGACUUGCAAGCUGAGAAGGAUGACUCGGAUAAUCGUAUUCGUAAACUCGAACAAGAUUUGAGAGAGAAGGAACAAGCUGCUGAGAAUUUGGCCAAGAGAAUUUCCGAUUUGGAGAAUGAGGCUCGCACUCGUGACGCACAAAAGAAAUCUACCGAAAUGGAACUUGCUUCCGUCAAGGAUGAUUUGAAUCGUACCAAACAACGUGCUGAACAAUUACAAAGUGAUUUGGACGCUCAACGUGAACGUGCCAAUGAAUUGGAGAAUUUAUUGUCAGACACUGAGGGUGGUAAGAACCAAUUAGACUCUCAAUUCAAACAACUGCAAUCAGAUUUGCAAAAUGAACGUAACAAUUUGCAAAAGAUGAAGAGUGAUAAUGAAAGACUUCAACGAGAAUUGGAUGAAUUGAAGAGGGCUCUCUCCGAUAAGCAAAAUGAAUCUUCUUCUCUCGAUUCCAAGGUCAAGACAUUGGAAGAUAAGAUUCGUGAAUUGACUGCUCUCUUGGAAACUGAACGUUCUUCAAAGACUGAUUUGGAUAAGAAGAGAUCCAAGAUGGAUAAGGAAGUCAAACGAUUGGCUCAACAAUUGCAAGAGACUGAACAAGCCUUGAAGGGAGAGACUCAAAAGAAGAAUGAUGCUGAUAAUCGUGUCAAGCAGUUAGAGGGUGAAGUGAAUAACUUGAAGAGUGAACGUGAUCGAUUGAAUAAGGAUUUGAACAAUCAAAGCGGUGAUGUCAAUGGUCUCAAGAGACAAUUAGAUGAGAGCAAUAACUUGGUUGCCAAAUUGAAGGCUGAAAUUCAAAAACUUCAAAAGGACCUUUCAGAUCAUCAUGGCGAUCGUGAUGAAGCUGAAGAACAAUUGCAAGCUUUGAGAAAGCAAAUUCAAGAAUUGACUUCUCGUCUCGCUGAUGCCAACAAUAGAACUCAACAAGAAGCCUCUUCCCGCCAAUCCUUAGAGUCCGACAACAACCGUUUGAAGAGUGAAGUGGCUCGAUUGCGCGACGAUUUACAAAACGAGAAUCGUAAACUCAAACAAGAAAUUGAACGAGUGCAAUCGGAGAGUGAGAAUGAAAAGAGUGAAUUAUUGGCUCAAUUACAAAAACUUCAAGAAGCAUACAGCGAAGUGAAGGAUGAAUUGAAGGAUCUCUCUAAGAAUGCCUCUCGUGGUGGCGGAGUUGUUGGUGGAGUCGAUUCUGCUGAAGUUGAAAAAUUGAGACGUGAAUACGAAUUGCAAUUGGCUCAAUUGAAGGCUCGCGUGGAAGAAGUCACUCAACAACGUGUCGAAGUUGAGAAUAAGAAGAGAAGUGUUGAGAUGGAUUUGACUGAAGUCAAGACUCGUCUUCAAACUGAAGAACGACUUCGUAAGAAGGUUGAACAACAAAAGAAGAGUGUUGAAAUGGAAUGCGAUGAAUUGAGAGAAUUGGCUGAGGAAGCUGAAGACUUGCGUGAUGAGUUGAAUCGCACCAAAUUAGAACAACAAGGUUUGGUUCAACAAUUGAGACAAGAUUUACUUCAAGAACGUCAUUCACGUGCCAGUGCUGAAGAAGCUUCUUCUCGUCAAAAACGUGAAAUUGAAGAAUUACAACAAGAUUUGGAACAAGAAAGAUCCAAAUUAGAUGAAGCUGCUCGUCGAUUGAAGCAACAAUAUGAGAAUGAGAUUUUGGAUUUGAACAACCAAAUUGCUCAAGCCAAGAAGGAACGUUCUGCUGCUUCAAGAGAUAUGAAGAAGGCUGAUCGUGAUUUACGUGAAUAUCAACGUAGAUUCCAAGAAGAGGCUCGUGCCAAGCAAGAUUUGGAACAACGAUUGACAAAGGUUGAACGUGAGAACAAGUUGUUGCAAUCUCAAUCUCAAUCAGAUGCUUCUAAAUAUCAAAAAUCUGAACAAGAUAAGCAAAGAUUGGAAGCUGAGAAUCGUCAACAAAAGGACAAGAUCUUGGAAUUGCAAGAUGAUUUGGAAAAGUUGAGACAACAAGUCAACUCUGAGAGAAAGAAGACUCAACGUAUUGCUAGAAAGGCAUCUCCAUUCAAUGCAGGUGAAUUGAUCGAUGAUCUCCAAUAA